AAUGGAAAUUUCCAUUCUAGAAGUGUGUACUGCCAGCUCAUAAUUUUUCCCAUUUACCAUUUGUUGUUUCCCCCUUCAGUUGGCACCUUGGAUUAAAGAGAACCAAGAAGUUAUGCAAUUAAGUGUACUCAUUCAAGUUUUUUAAAUUAGAUGAAAGAGAUAAUUUUUUUCAGUUUUUUUAUUAAAGUUUUUUUAUCCUAAUAAACAACUUUGCGAAUUAUUCAACAACUAUUAAAAUUAUAGUUAUUCAACAACUGCUCAAGUUAUUUCAAAAAAUCUUAAUUUUUUUUUUCAAUAAAUUUAUGGGACCGACUUGUUCCUUUUCCUUUUUCUCCCUUUCAGUCCCCUCUGGAACAGCCACGUCCUCUGUUUUUUCUCCUCCUUUAAUUACUACUAAUAUCAAAGGCACUAUGGCUGAUGAUCAUAGCUCGUCAAUGGCUGGUAGAAAUGUUGAUGCAGCUCACAGUACUAACGUCUUGGAUAUUUACCCUCUCAAUCAUUACUAUUUUGCUUCAAAAGAGGCACUUCCCUUCAAGGAAGAGACCUUGACUCAGCGCAUCGAACGUCUGAAAUUGAACUACAAUACUCAUGGACUUAGGACCUGUGUACAAGCUGUGCUUUUGGUUGAGUUGUCCAAACAUCCACAUUUAUUAUUAUUGCAAGUACGGAAUUCCAUGUUAAAGCUUCCAGGUGGUCGUGUUAGGCCUGGUGAAUCAGAAAUUGAAUGUCUAAGACGUAAGCUAUCAAGUAACCUAUCCGCGAGAGAAGAUGACAGUUGGGAGGUAGGUGAAUGCCUUGGGAUGUGGUGGAGACCUAACUUUGAAACAGUGAUUUACCCGUUUAUGCCGCCUGAUAUAAAAUGGCCAAAGGAGUGCACAAAAGUCUUUCUAGUGAGGUUGCCGGAAAGUCGCAAAUUCAUUGUACCAAAGAACCUCAAGCUUCUUGCUGUUCCAUUGUGUGAAGUUCAUGAUAAUUUCAAGACAUAUGGGCGAAUAAUAGCUGGAGUUCCACAAUUGUUGUCGAAGUUCUCCUACAACACACCUGAUACUGACUGAUCAGUGCCAUAAUACAAGGUUAAAAACAAUGAUGGGCUUAAUGCUAGUUUAAGUAGCAAGUUUAAGUUGAGAAUACCAAGACAGUAGCCAGUUGACAUGUAUAUGGUACGUGUAGUGUGUUUCUGUCUGCAGUGUCUGUUUCUACCUUUACGUUUGUAUACUUCCGUUUACUUGUAAUGAGCAAAAAUAACUGGUCACGCACACUCCUAAAUUUGGCACGAACUUUCACUUUGGCGUCUCAAUCAGACGUAGUUCAUUUUAAAUACCUAAACUAGUGUUCAAGUGCC